AGUAAAAAGGAAAAAGGAAGGCUAGAAGUAUUUUCCAGCGGGAGUAUUUAUUUAUUUAUACUUCGGCUUCUCCAUCCACAACUCCUGCUCCGCAACAAUGGGCGCGCCGCUUCCUCCCAAAGAGGCCAACCUCUUCAAAGCUGUGGUUAAAUCAUAUGAGACGAAACAAUAUAAGAAAGGGCUAAAAGCUGCAGAGGCCAUACUUAAGAAGUUUCCUAAUCAUGGAGAAACCCUGGCAAUGAAAGGAUUGACAUUAAAUUGUAUGGGUCGCAAAUCAGAAGCAUAUGACCUUGUUCGGAUGGGAUUGAAGAAUGACCUUAAGAGCCACGUUUGCUGGCAUGUUUAUGGUCUUUUAUACCGGUCAGACAGAGAAUACAGGGAAGCAAUAAAGUGCUAUAGAAAUGCACUUAGAAUUGAUCCUGACAAUAUUGAGAUAUUACGGGACCUAUCUCUUUUGCAGGCACAAAUGCGUGACUUAACGGGCUUUGUUGAAACAAGACUACAACUGCUGACAUUGAAGCCAAAUCACCGUAUGAAUUGGAUUGGCUUUGCUGUUGCACAACAUUUAAACUCAAAUGGAUCAAAAGCCGUUGAUAUCCUUGACGCGUAUGAAGGGACUCUAGAUGAUGAUUAUCCCCCAGGAAAUGAAUGUUGUGAGCAUGGGGAAAUGCUUUUAUAUAAGAUCUCUUUAUUAGAGGAGUGUGGAUCUUUUGAUAGAGCUCUUGAAGAAAUGCGCAAGAAAGAACCUAAAAUUGUUGAUAAGCUGGGAUACAAAGAGCAAGAAGGCCGCCUUCUUUUAAAGCUUUGCCAUUUUGAAGAAGGGGAAAGAUUGUAUAAGAUGUUACUAUCUAUGAACCCCGAUAAUUACAGAUACUAUGAGGGGUUACAAAGAUGUCUCGGACUUCACUCUCGAGAUGUUAAUUAUUCUUCUGAUGAAAUUCAUCGCUUAGAAGCUCUUUAUGAAUCCCUCGCACAACAAUAUCAUAGAUCAUCUGCAGUAAAGAGAAUUCCUCUUGAUUUUUUGAGAGGUGAAAAUUUUCUGGUAGCAGCAGGGAACUAUAUUAGACCUCUCCUUACUAAAGGUGUUCCUUCGUUGUUUUCUGAUCUUUCACCUCUUUAUGAUCACCCUGGAAAGGCAGAUAUUCUUGAGCAACUUGUUCUGAAGUUGGAGCAUUCGGUCAGGACAACUGGUACAUAUCCCGGGAGUGAGGAUAAAGAACCCCCUUCAACGCUCAUGUGGACGUUAUUUUACCUGGCCCAGCAUUAUGAUAGGCGCAGUCUGUAUGAUCUCGCUCUUACAAAAAUUGAUGAGGCCAUAAAACACACUCCAACUGUAAUUGAUUUAUACCUAGUCAAGAGCCGAAUAUUAAAGCACGCUGGUGACUUGGCAGCAGCAGCUGCAUUGGCUGAUGAAGCUAGGUGUAUGGAUCUUGCAGAUCGAUAUCUUAAUAGUAAAUGUGUGAAGCGUAUGUUGGAGGCUGACCAGGUUGCAUUGGCUGAAAAGACAGCAGUAUUAUUCACAAAAGACGGCGAUCAGCACAAUAAUCUUUAUGAUAUGCAGUGCAUGUGGUAUGAACUAGCAUCUGGGGAAAGCUAUCUGCGGCAAGGUGACUUAGGGCGAGCUUUGAAGAAAUUUCUAGCUGUGGAAAAACAUUAUUUGGAUAUCACUGAAGACCAAUUUGAUUUUCAUUCCUAUUGCUUAAGGAAAAUGACACUUAGAACGUAUGUGGAAAUGCUGAAGCUUCAAGAUCGGCUCCACUCAUAUGCUUAUUUUCAAAAAGCAGCUUCUGGUGUGAUAAGAUGCUACUUGAGGCUGUAUGAUUUUCCAUUGAAACCAACAACUGAAGAAGAUGAUGAAUUGUCAAAGCUUCCAUCAUCUCAGAAAAAGAAACUAAGGCAAAAACAGAGGAAAGCUGAAGCACGAGCUAAGAAAGAGGCAGUGGUGAAAAGUGAUGAAUCCAGUGCUACAUGUGUAUCGAAGUUAGGAAAGCGUCAGGCGAAGGUAGUUGAUUCUGAUCCAAAUGGAGAACAGUUGUUGCAGGUAGAAGAUCCUCUGAUGGAAGCUACAAAAUAUUUAAAGCUUCUGCAAAAACAUUCCCCUGAUUCCUCUGAAACACAUUUGCUUUCUUUUGAAGUAAAUAUAAGGAAACAGAGAAUUUUGCUUGCUUUAAAGGCCGUAAAGCAUCUAGUACGGUUAGAUGCUGAUAGUCCCGAUUCACAUCGCUGCAUGAUAAAAUUCUUUCACAAGGCAGGAUCUUUGUCUGCUCCAGUUACUGAUGAUGAAAGGCUUGUAUUAGAGAUUGUGAAAGCAGAGCGACUUACCUUUAGUCGGCUGGAGGGGAAGACUUUAAUUGAUGCAAACCAUGUAUUCCUUGAAACGCAUAAAGAUUCAUUGAUUCAUAGGGCUGCUGUAGCGGAGUUGCUGCAUGUCCUAGAGCCAAAUAAGAAGGCAGAUGCUGUUAAGUUAAUUGAAGAGUCUUCAAAUGGUCCAGUUUCAGUUAGAAAUGGAGUACAAGGGUCAUUAAUUAAUUGGAAGCUGAAAGAUUGCAUUGAUGUCCACAAAUGUCUAGAUAUAGCUCUGGAUGAACGUGAUGCUGCAUUGAGAUGGAAGGAACACUGUGCGGAGUAUUUCCCAUAUUCUACUUACUUUGGCGGCUCUCACAGCUCAGUGUCUAUUGGUUUAGCCCACCACUUGAUAAGACAAACUCCUGAAAAUGGCUUACCUUCUCAAAAUAGUGAUCUCGAAGCAGGCUACAUUUCAUCUAAUGGGAGAUUACAGAACCACGAUGGAUUCAAGGAUCUUGUCAUCCGAUCUUUAUAAUUAGAGAUAUAAAGGUAAAGGGGUCUCAAACUAUGAAAUCCAUUUUUGCUGCAGUUUAUCACCUACUGUUUUUUACUGUCUAUGUCAUCCAACAUGUCGAGAGACUAGUUACAUUAUCUAGCUAAUUAUUGUGGAGAACAGUAGCAUUUCCGUACUACCCGUCUACCUCAAAGUAUUGAACGCUUCUUUCUCUAGAGUUAUACAAGCAGAUGCCCGGAGUUUGUGGGCAAAGCUCAUAUCCAUCCAUCCAUCCGUGCAUCUUUAAGAGCAUGUAUUUUUCUUCUAUAUCUAGUUGUGCAUUAUUUGGUAUGCAAGACAUUUUUCACUUGAGAAUUCUUUCAUUAUUUAUGUAUGAACAAAGUUUGAGUAAUUUGUUGAUGCCUUCUCAGUUUUUAACCAGUUGAAACAGCAAAUGUCAAUUUUUACAAAAUGUUCAAAGCGGGCGCGUAUCAGGUACAUAACCAGCCUGGAUUUUGCACCAUUGGCUGUGUCAUGUGGAAUUGACGUGGAACAUGCAUUUGAGAUGCACUGAGUGUAGGAAAUGAAGUGGUUUACGGUUUGCACUUUGCAAUUGUACUCUGCAGUAUAAUACUGUCCUGGAAUAUAGCCGUUUGAGUUGGACAUGCAUAUUAAGAACUUCAGAGUUCUUAAUUGGGAAUUUUUCACAAAGAGACAAAAAAGUGAAAGUAAUAUCACUUUUGUCACCUUAUAAAAUACUUUUCAAAAAUAGACCAACUCGGCUCUUUCUUUCAAAAAUAAACUACGUAUUGAACUAACGUACCGGAAUCUGUAUUGAACCAACGUGCAUGGAUACUAGGCUACUUCUAUCACACUGCACACUUUGUUAAAUUUAUAUAGACUCGAAGAAUUAUUCAUUUCAUGUUUUUUAAAAUAAAAAAAUGAAUUUAUACAGUAAAAGAGAUCAUGAUAAUUAGAAAAUAAUGAAAAUAUUAAAAAUUAGCUAUCAAUAAUAAAUAAUCAAAUAAUCAAAUCACAUAAUGCAUAAUAAAGAAUCGAGGUCGAAAACUAAUAAUAAGCUGGAUUUAAAAAACAGAAUAUAUAUUAAAAAUUAAAUCAGAGAUAUGAAACGUAUACAAUUUUGAAAAAACAAAACUCAAAAGUAAAAAUAAGAAAAUUUUAAUAUAGUUUAUGAAGUGGAAAAUAUGUAGAAAUAUAACAAUUUAUGUAAUUUUAUUUCUUAAAGACUUCAUAUACACUAUGAUUUGUACUUAAAGCAAUAAAAAUUAUAAAUAACUGAUUUUUUUAUAUAAUUAAUUUAAAAAUUCAAAUAUAUAAAUAAAAAAGUGAAAAGAAAUCUUAGAAAAAGAAAAAAUGAAAUUAAACCCUGUAAUAUUUGGAAUUUUAAAAAUAAUAAAAAUGGUUUUGAAGAUUACAAAAUAUUUGAAAAUAUUACAAAUUAUCUUAGGCAAUUAUAAAAUAUUAUGAAAUUGUUAUUAUUUUAGAAACCAAUAUACAUACAAAGUAUAACAAAUAUAUAAA